AUGCCUCUCAAUCCGCGGGCCCAGCUCAGAGUCCUCGCUGGCAUGGACCGAGCCUGGGAGCGGGUCUUCUCUGUCUGGAAACUUCUCCAGCAGUCACCAUCCCUGCCAAGCCGACGAAGUUUUCUUGUUUGCAAAGAAACUGGUCUGGGUUUACAAAUAGGGUUGAAGAAGGCUGCCCAGAACCCCAGCGAGGGCCCUGCAUCUCGCCCGCCUCUGUCCCGCGCAGCCCGAACACGGCGCAAACCCGCGAGCAGCGAGCAGCCGGAAGAGAGUGGGGGCACCUGGAGAUUUCGGGGAGUCUUUGGGUAUGAGGCCAAAGGGGACCUGGAAGACUCCAAGACGGGUCUGGGAGUGGCUUGGCCGCAGCCCGGGGCCCAGCUACACCGCACCACCAACUUUUUCAUCGACAACAUUCUGAGGCCGGAUUUCGGCUGCAAAAAGGAGCAGCCGCCGCCGCAGCUCCUGGUGGCGGCGGCAGGCGGAGGAGGAGGAGGAGGACGAGGAAGCCAGAUCGAGCGCGACAGAGGCCAGAAUGGCGCAGGUAGAGACCCAGUCCACCCCUUGGGCACGCGGGCGCCAGGCACUGCCUCGCUCCUAUGCGCCCCGGACGCGAACUGUGGCCCACCCGACGGCUCCCAGCCGGCCACCGUCGCCGGCGCGGCCUCCUCGAAAUACCCGGAGCACGGGAACCCGGCCAUCCUACUCAUGGGAUCCGCCAACGGCGGGCCCGUGGUCAAAACUGACUCGCAGCAACCCCUGGUCUGGCCCGCCUGGGUCUACUGCACGCGCUACUCGGACCGCCCGUCCUCCGGUCCGCGCACCAGGAAGCUGAAGAAGAAGAAGAACGAGAAGGAGGACAAGCGGCCGAGGACGGCGUUCACGGCCGAGCAGCUGCAGAGACUCAAGGCGGAGUUCCAGGCGAACCGCUACAUCACCGAGCAGCGGCGGCAGACCCUGGCCCAGGAGCUCAGCCUCAACGAGUCGCAGAUCAAGAUCUGGUUCCAGAACAAGCGCGCCAAGAUCAAGAAAGCCACGGGCAUUAAGAACGGCCUGGCGCUGCACCUCAUGGCCCAGGGACUGUACAACCACUCCACCACCACGGUCCAGGACAAAGACGAGAGCGAGUAG